AUGAAAGAAAUUAUUGCAGAAGAAGUGGGGAAGGCAAUUGAAGGUAGCCUAUCCGGGUUCAUAGACAAAAUUCAAAACACGGUGUCAUCAUUAGUUGAAGAACGGGUCAAAAGGUUGGAAGAUAGUGUCAACCUUAUAAAAGAAAAAUCGGGAGAACGUAAAGGGUGUUCAUACAAAGAAUUUAUGGCGUGUGAUUUUGUUGCUUACGGAACGGGUCAAUUGAGGGGUCAAGCCAAGGAUUGGUGGGACAAUAAAAAGAAGGAAAUAGGAGCCGAGGCGGCGAGGGUUAUGACUUGGGACGAGUUUAAGGUGUCGUUCCUUAAACACCAUAGUCCCAAAGCGGUUAUUAACAAGAUUAAGGAACAAUUCAUCCAGCUAAGACAAAAGGGUGAAACAAUUGAUAAGAUCACGGGCAUCUUCUUGGAUAAGCUGAGAUUCUGUGACGAGUUAGUUACCACUGAAGAGCAAAAGAUAUACUACUAUUAUAACAUGCUGAGUGCCGAAUACCGGGAGUUUAUGACUCCGUCAAAGUACGAAACCCUCACGGAGAUUAUCACCACCCCCCGGGAGCGGGAGAUCGAGUUGAAGAAACAAGUUGAGAGGGGCGAGCGAAGGGCACAGGAUGUGAAUCCAAGCCCUACAAAGAAAGCUAGAACUGCUGAAUCAAGAAAGAAGGUGGAUACUAAAGGCGGGUCGCCAGGUUGUAAAGUGUGCAGAAAGGGGCACAAGGGAGAAUGUCGGUUCAAAGACAAAUCGUGCCCCAUAUGUAGUAAAACGGGGUACACGGUGUCUCUAUGCCCGGGUAAGAUCUUGGUUUGCUACAAAUGUUAUCAGCCUGGUCACAAAAAGUCUGAAUGCCCAGACGUAGUUGGAAGGAGAGACGUUAAAGAAACCCCAGCAGAAGCUCCAAAGGCAAUGGCUAGAUCCUUCCAACUUACCGCGGCUGAAGCAAAGACAGAACCCGAUGUGGUCUCAGAUGUUGAAAUAGGGGACAACAAAAGCUUUAUAGUUUGUGAUAUUUGUCGAGGUUGCAAAUUAAGCAUUGAUGAUGAAGAAUAUUUGAUAGACCUAAUCCCGAUGUCAAUGGGGGAAUUUCAAGUAGUUGUUGGGAUGGAUUAG